AAGAAAACAUAUACUCAAGCAGCUGAAUCUGCUGUCUCUAAAUCUGCUAUCUCUAAAUCUGCUAUCUCAAAACCUGCUUAAAAUUCUGAGAAAACUGAGAAGAAUACUGCUCAUACUUCUAGUGAUAGAAGAGUGGAGAAAAAAAUGCAAAAAGAGAAAAAUCUUCAAAUCUCCAGAAAUAGAAGACUUAUCUCAAA